GGCCAGAGGAGAGGCUUUGUGGCAACAGAAUGAACAGGAAUAUUAAGUACUGGAGUUGGCUUCAAGGCUCAUGUGAUUCCUUGGUUACUGUGGGAUGUUCUUUCAGUAGUUUUCAUACUCUUCGCCAUCCAAGUCAUUUGAAUAACCCUGCUGUCUCAGUACAAAUCAGUAUAGAAUGAACAACAAACUGAUGAUGAAGAUGUACGCCUCACGACCCCAGUUUACAAACUGUCCCACAAUGAUUGUGAUGGUUGGUCUGCCAGCCAGGGGAAAGACCUACAUCUCCAAAAAGUUAACCCGAUACCUAAAUUGGAUUGGAGUCCCAACUCAAGUCUUUAAUUUGGGCCAGUAUCGAAGGGAAGUUGUGCAGACAUACAAGAACUAUGAAUUUUUUCGUCCAGACAAUGAAGAAGCCAUGAAAAUCCGCAGAGCCUGUGCCUCAAAUGCUCUUAAGGACAUCGCCAAUUACUUCACUAAGGAGCAGGGACAAGUUGCAGUAUUUGAUGCCACCAAUACUACAAGAGAGAGAAGAGGAGUCAUCAUCAGUUUUGCUAAGGAGAAGGGCUAUAAGGUGUUUUUCAUUGAGUCGUUUUGUGACGACCCAGAAAUCAUUGAGGCAAAUAUAAUGCAAGUAAAACUGAGCAGCCCGGAUUAUGAAAACUACGACAAAGAGGAAGCACUGGUGGACUUUCUGAAGCGUAUUGAUUGUUAUAACAUGUCCUAUGUCCCCCUGGAUGAGGAAAAGGACAGACACCUCUCCUUCAUUAAGAUCUUUAACGUGGGAUCCAGGUACCUCGUCAACUGCGUCCAGGAUCACAUUCAGAGUCGUAUAGUGUAUUACCUCAUGAACAUCCACGUCACACCGCGAUCCAUUUAUCUGAGCCGCCACGGAGAAAGUGAGCUCAACCUGCUUGGAAGAAUCGGUGGAGACACAGGCCUCUCUUCACAGGGCCAAAAGUAUGCCAAGGCCCUUGCAGAGUUCAUCAGGGGUCAGUCCAUCAAGGACCUGAAGGUGUGGACCAGCCACAUGAAGAGGACCAUACAGACAGCAGAGGCACUGGGCGUCCCAUAUGAACAGUGGAAGGCGUUGAACGAAAUCGAUGCGGGUGUAUGUGAGGAGAUGACAUACGAGGAGAUUCAGGCAACCCAUCCAGAAGAGUUUGCCUUAAGAGACCAGGACAAGUACCGCUAUCGAUAUCCAAAGGGUGAAUCGUAUGAAGACCUGGUGCACCGUCUAGAGCCAGUCAUAAUGGAGCUUGAGAGACAAGAGAAUGUGCUGGUCAUCUGCCACCAGGCAGUCAUGCGUUGUCUACUGGCCUACUUUCUGGACAAAAGUGCAGAUGAUCUACCGUAUCUAAAGUGUCCUUUGCAUACUGUUCUCAAACUAACUCCAUUAGCUUACGGAUGUAAAGUGGAGUCCUUCUAUUUAAACAUCCAAGCAGUGAACACACACAGGGACAGACCCACAAAUGUGAAUGUCGCAAGAAAGCCAGAAGAAGCACUACAGACUGUACCUGAACAUCUAUAAUCAUAAAAAAAUCUUAAAUUUGCCAUUUUUGCACAAUUAAUCUACACAUAGAUUGUGCAAAUGGAUAACAAGGUGGGAUGAAGGAAUUUAAAAGGACAUGAGAAUAUGUUUCCAUUAAGAUUAUCAAGGUCUGCAAACACAAAAGUGGGAUCCAAAAGUCUGAGACCACAUCUGUUUUUUUUUCUUCUCAAAAAAUGUAAUGUAAUGAUUUUUAAUUUUUAUUUCCAAUUCAACUCUUCAUUCAAAUUUUGUGGUUAAUAUGAAUUUUCCUUACAAAUUAUAUUGAUGUAUUAAAUUAGAAAACUCGGACCAGAAUUUUUGUGCAUUUUCACUAGGGCUCUCAGACUUUUGAAUUGUACUUUAGUUUUUCAAACUAAACUGUGAAAAUCAAAUAUGUUUGUACUUUGUUGAUAAGAUGGUUGCAUUGGCCUAAUGUUUUUAGUUAAAAUGGAUGUUGCAACUAAAGAUAACUUUGACCUUUUACUAGUUUAAAAUGUUUAGUUAGAACAGGUAAAAUCCCCAUUGUGUUAAAGUGCAUAGACUUUAUUUUAUUAAUUUUAAUAUUGUGUUCAAAGAUCUGGGCAAUAAUACCCUUUUAUGCAUUCAUAAAGUACAGUAAUCAGAAGACGAUUCAGUUAGUUAACAGCACCA